GCUGGUGACGUUAAACCUUGAGGAAGAUAAGCAGAUGGUAUAAUUUUCGUAAGUUUGUCUUGGCUGUGCACUUCUUCUGCAAUACGUGAGAAUGGCUGGAGGCGUGAAAAGGUUUUACGGGCUGACAGCUAAGCUGCUGUCUGGAGAAUUGUUCAGUUUCUCUGCGCUGAAGGGGAAAGUUGUUCUCAUUGAGAAUGUCGCGUCUCUUUGAGGAACAACAACCAGGGACUACACUCAGAUGAACGAGCUACACAGUCGGUAUGCGGCCAAGGGACUCGUUAUUCUGGGUGUUCCCUGUAAUCAGUUUGGACAUCAGGAGAACUGCAAGAAUGAGGAAAUCCUGAACUCUCUGAAGUAUGUCCGUCCAGGGAAUGGGUUCGAACCAAAGUUCCAGAUCCUUGAGAAGGUGAAUGUGAAUGGAAAGGAUGCCCACCCCUUAUUUGUCUUUCUGAAGGACAAGCUUCGAUUCCCCAGCGACGAUGCCAUGGCUCUCAUGAAUGAUCCACAGUGCAUCAUUUGGAGUCCCGUCUGUAGGAACGACGUCUCCUGGAACUUUGAGAAGUUCCUGGUCGGUCCUGAUGGCGAGCCCUAUAAGCGCUACAGCAGAAAUUUCCUCACCAUUGAUAUUGAGCCAGAUAUUAAAGAGCUACUUGGGAAGAUCAAAUAAAAGUGCACUGACUAGCUAUUAAAGAUAUUCUUUUAUCAUGUUUUUCUACCUUCAGAGUUGAAGUCAGUUGCAACACUCCUGUGUUUGUGAUAUUUCCAGUAUAGUACACUGUGGUUGUUUAGCCUUUUUACUUAAUGAAGACACUUCUUGAAACCAUUUUUGUGAGAGGAGUUUCUGAUGAAGCUGUAAAAGACUGACUUUGCCACUGUGUAUAACUCAUAUCACAAAUAUUGUCAUUGGCUACACUUAAUAAACAAUGAAUGUCA